AUGAAUCUCGAGACAAUGUGGCGACGGAAGUAUAAGUAUUUUGUGUGUGCGUUGAUGCUGCUGUGUGUGUAUAACUUUUUCGGUGUAGGCGACUACAUGUACGCAAGGAGUUUCCAAGACUUUGCGUACCCUCUGAAUAUUGACCUAAAACCCAUCAUAGAUGAAGUCUUGCAAGGCAAAAAGCCCAGUGUCCAACCUAUAAACUACUAUCCAUACAAAUUCCUGACCAACUCAGGAAAAUGCAAUACUCUAGAAAAACUAGAUCUGUUUAUCGUAGUCAAAUCUGCUAUGAACCAUUUCGGCCACAGACAAGCGAUAAGGAAGACUUAUGGCCAAGAGGAUUUGAUACCAGGCAGAAUAGUGAAAACACUGUUCUUCUUAGGCGUGGAUAACCCACCAAAGUCGAAAUUACAAAAGAUGAUCGACAAGGAAAUCGAGCAAUACAAGGAUAUUGUACAGAUAAAUUUUCAUGAUAACUAUUACAAUAAUACUAUAAAAACUAUGAUGUCUUUCCGUUGGGUGUUCCAACACUGUUCCACUGCGGAUUUUUACUUAUUCACCGAUGAUGACAUGUACAUUUCUGUCAACAAUCUCCUGGACUAUGUGCAUGAAAGAAACGAGAUAGAUGGGAAUGAAAUACCUGUAGAUAACGAUGUGGAGAAAAGAGACAGACAUAUGUUUGCUGGUUACGUAUUCGACUCGUCGCCGCAGAGGUUUAAGACCAGUAAAUGGAGGGUGUCUUUAGAUGAAUACCCUUGGGAUAGGUGGCCGGCAUACGUGACUGCUGGGGCAUACAUAGUGUCCAACUUAUCAAUGAAAACUAUGUACAUAGGCAGUUAUUUUGUGAAACACUUCAGAUUCGAUGAUAUAUACUUAGGUAUAGUUGCUAAGAAAGUAGGGAUAGAGCCCACACACUGUCCGGGUAUGUACUUUUAUAAGAAGAAAUACAGUAAAGAAGGUUACAGGAAAGUCAUAGCGAGUCACGGAUACAGUGAUCACGAGGAGUUGAUCAGGGUGUGGACUGAACAGAAUAUUCAGCCUGACUGAGAAUUUCCUAAUGAAUAAUUAGAUCUGGGGAGUAAUUGGCUGCUAAAAAGCAAAACACAGUAAGCCAAAAAGAAAAUUUUACAAACAA